AUGCUCAAGAAGACUUCCAGCACUACUACUAGUAGUACCGGUAGUAGUGAUUCUACAUCUACUUGUACAACAUCUACAUCAACAAGCACUACUAGUAGUAGUACAUCUGGUAGUAGAAGAAGACUGAAGAAGAGGCAACAGCGAGUGUUUGAAUUUCUGUCACAGAAUGACAAGACUCAUCAAGUCAAGCAAGUUUGGAACUUCAGCAGCAACAGCAGCAGCAACAGCAGCAAGUCUACUAGUGCUCCUACCAGCAUUGCUGUGUGUACCAGUACUGAUGAACAAUCAGCAGAUGAGACUUGUUCCACCAACAGCAACAGCAACAGCAACAGUAGUGAAUCCACAGGAUCUCAAGAUGAUGACAAUCAACUUCAAGUUCAACUAGAUCUAGUAGAAGAAACUGAAGUACAAGAUCAGAAGGAGGAGGAAGAGGAAGAAAGAGCCAAGAGCAUUCGAUGGUCAGCUUGGGUAGAACAAGAAGAACAGAGAAGAGCUGCUGAUCCAAACAGAACCAAAACUGGAGCAAGACCCAGGAGAACAAAAAAGAAGAAAAAACAACUCAAACAACCUCAACAGCAACCACAACAGCAACCACAACCAACUGAUCUCUCCCUAGAGCAACAAUCUAGAUACCAACAGCAACAACGAUACAGAAGAGCUGUUCUACAAAGACUUAACCAGCAAAAACAACAAAAACAGCAACCAGCACAACCUAUGGAACAAGAAGAAUCACCCACCAACAAGACUGCCCUUCUCUCAGCCAACAGACACCUCAUUGGACCAAGAGUGGCAAGCCAUUUACGACCUGUCUGA